AUGCUUAUGUCGGGUUUCAUUCAAGUUGGAUAUUAUUAUUUCUUCUCCAAGCAAGUGAUCAGAAGUGUAGUUUAUGGUGAUUUGGUGGUGAGAACUACUACAUCACCUUCGACGCUACUGACCUGCUAUCGUCUGAUCCUAAUCGUGCUAAGAGAACUUAUCAAGCUGAGGUUUACCGGAACAUCAGUGGCGUUCUGUCAAAAAAAAUUAUAA